AUGAGCCAAGAGCUAAAUGACAAGCAGUUUUACCAAGCUUCGGCCCCAUUAUUAACGAUCGAAAGGAAAGCAUUUAUCAAUGCUACAUGGAAGUCUUCCAAAGCCUUCAACGAAUUUGAAUUGUCAGGCUACUUUAGGUUCCUUGAAACAGAGCGAACAAGUAAGACUAGGGUCGACGAUCCCGCAUACUCUCACCUUUGUUUUAAACACAUUUUCGACAUUCAAAGUAUUCUCUACGAAAACCUCAAUGAACCUCCGCUACGCCUACAAGACUUAGUCCAAAGAAGCUUAGUCUUGUGGGAACUAGAGCUCGAAGUCGUUCAGGACUUAAUCAUUCUCGUUAUUAAGUUAACAUUUAUGGUUCGGGCCGAGUUCCCAAACUCCUACUCGCAUCCUUCGCCAUUCCAAAUGCAGAUGCAAGACAACCAAAGCCUUAAAGACACGCUUAGGGAGUUGCAAAAUGUGCCACCUUUACAGAAUUUGGGUACACAAAAUGAGCUGCCGUCGUGGUUUAAUGUUAUUGAUCUGGAGAAAAAGGCUAACCUGAGAAUUGGUUGGACUGACCAUCUUGAUGAACAUCUGACUUUCCAAAGUGGAACUCUUGUGAUAUUUCGACAUAUCGCAGUCCUCAUGUAUAUGAGAGAAUCAGGAAUCUUGUGA